GCCAACUACUUUUCUAAAUUUUCAAAAGCUCCAGUAAUAUGCAAAUUAGUUGGAAGAAAAGUUCUUGAUGGAGUUGGCCAGCCAACAUUAGAAGUGGAAAUCCACUGUACAGUUAAAAAUUAUGAGAAGAGGAUUUGUUCCACUGUAAUGUGUUUUCAUUCUCAAAUACCUGAAAAUGCUUUACCUGAAACAAGUGCAGCUGAUGAGAAAGACAGAAAUGACUCUGUGAACACUGCUGUGGAAUGGGUCAAUGCGUCACUGAACACAAUGUUAAGAGACUUAAAGCCUACUGACCAGUGCACAGUUGAUAAGAUACUUGGUGAAUACUUUACAAAAAAGGUAGAAGAACAAAAAAUUCAAAAGCAAGAAGAAGAAGCAGCAGAAGCCACUCUUGCCAUUACUUCAUGCAUUCCAGCAGCAGCAGCACUACCUGGGGGGAAAAAGGCAGCAAAACCAGGAAAGAAGGUGGCAGCUGCAGAGAGAACAAUCCCACCUGCGGAGCCUGUUGGAUCUGUGCUUGGUGGCAGCUUAGCCAUUGGGGGAACAUCACUUGCCAUAGCUAAGGCUGGUGCCACCAUUAGCCAUAUCCCGUUGUACUUACAUAUUGCACUGCUGAAACAUCAUCAGGAUUCCCCUAAAGAAAUGACUGUUCCACUCCCAAUGGUUACUCUGUUGAACUGUGAAAAAAAUUCACCUGCAAAACUGAAGUUAGUGAAAGAAGUUAUGCUUAUACCACCAGUUCAGUUACCACUCAAACAGGGCAUAGGAAGAGUUCUGGACAUUCAGAAAGAAAUGAUGAGGCUGUUGGAGCCUCCAGGCAAAGCGCCCAGUAGUCCUCAACUAGCAGACAGUAAGAAAGGCAGAGCGCAUAAUACAGGGAAAAAAGCUCUGCCACGAGCCUUAAAAAGAAUAUCACACUUAGGUUGCCUGAUAACGGGAUGCGAUAAUCUGGAACAACCACUACUCCUAAUGCAAACAGCUUGCAACAAUAUAGGUCUGGAGCUAGGGACAGACAUGUUCGUAGCAAUAAAUUGUGCUGCUCAUGAAUUAAUGGAUUACGUUAAAGGAAAAUACGAAAUACUCACUGGAACAUUCAAAAGUCCUGAUGAAAUGGUUGAUAUGUACGUGGAACUGAUCAGUAAAUUUCCCUUUAUUACUGCAUUGAUAGACCCCUUAAGAAAAGAG